AUAUUUCUUCUUGCAGCAUAUCUUUAACUUUUAAAAUUUGCAGAUAUUUUUAAGCGUGCCAUCUGGGAAAGAUUCUUGUGCCUGAAAAUGAUGAAGAUUAUAGGACUUGUCGCCCUAAUGGCUGUCAUAUCAAUCGAAGCUUCCAAAUUGAAAGAAAAACGUAGUAUAGAUUGGGAAGGUUUUGCAUGGUUGGAUAAACGUGCAGAGAAACGAUCUGAGAUUGAAAAGCGAUCUCCUAACCCAUGUGGAUUACAAUGUUCAUCAGCAUGUGCACCAGCUUGCACACCAGGAUGCUGUGCAAGUGGUGGAGCGGUACCUCCAAUGGCAAUGCCCGGACCAAUGGGUAGUCCCGGGGCAAUGGGACCGAUGGGACCUAUGGGAGCCAUGGGACCACCCGGACCAAUGGGACAAAUGGGAGCACCUGGAUGUUGUGGUCCACCAGGACCUCCAGGACCACCAGGACCACCCGGAAUGUCAGCACCACCACAACCAUCUUGUCCUCCAGUCUGUUUACAUUGGUAUGCCAUUGUACAACAACGACCACAAUCACAGUAUCAGUGUCCCACACAAUGCGCUCAACAGCCAGGGUGCUGCGGAACACCAAUGGCUGCCCCUGCACCAUGUGCUGCUCCUCCUUGUGCUCCACCUAUGCCUCCGCCUAUGCCACCACCAAGUCAGUGUCAGCCGUCGUGUGCACCUCAGUGUUGUAUGCCACCACCUCCUCCUCCAAUGAUGAUGCCAGCCCGUGCUCCACCUGCAUGCCCACCAGGAUGUCCACGAGCGUGCUAUCCUGCAUGUAGACCGCAAUGCUGUGCGCCACCACCACCUCCUCCUCCAAUGCCCUCUUGCAUGCCAUCUUGUGCACCACAAUGUUGUAUGCCACAAAUGCCAAUGCCAAUGCAGAUGCCUUGUCAAACUCCACCAUGCCCACCACCCAUGCCCAUGCCCAUGCCCAUGCAAAUGCCAAUGUCCAUGCCAUGUGCAACACCAUCCUGUGCACCACCACCUCCACCACCACCACCACAACAAUGUCAACCUUCGUGUGCGCCUCAAUGUUGCAUGACUGUUCCUCUACCACCAAUUAUGAUUCCGCAAGCACCACCGCCACCACCACCAAUGCCUAUGUGUCAGCCCGGAUGUUCGCCAUCUUGUGCUCCAACUUGCAGUAGAGCCUGCUGUAGCAAACGAAAGUAGAUGCAAUACACAUGCAAAUUGUAAAUAUAUUGUCAUAUACUUUGAUUGGCAAGCACUUUACACUUCUAAGUUGAAAGCAGGAUGACAAAUAAGAUUUAUCUUGCUUGCAAAACUUCGGACGAUACACUCAUUUAUAAUACUUACACAAUGACGCAAAUAUAAUUGAUGCAUACUAUAGGUAGAUAGAAAUUUUGAAACUAACCACUUAAUUUAUUUGAACAGUUGUCUGUUCGUACAGUCUUCUACUCUGCAAAGAUGGCGACACAGUGCAGUAUGGUCACCUUUGCUGUGUGGAAUUUGGACACAUUAUUUUUUAAAAAAACGGACUUUUUCUACCAAAAAUAGUUUUAUACAAUUUUUCAUAUAUAAUUUUGUAAAAAUCAAUAUAAAGAGAGGUUUAGUUUUUA